UGAAGAAAAGAAACUUCUUCUAUGCGCCAAGAGUAACAAAAUAUCCGGGUUUAAGCAUAGUACAAAAAAAAAAUGUCAAAAUGAAAAACUUACAAAAGUUGAAUGAGAAAAAAAAGUAAUGAGAACAGUAUUCCCUUGUUUUCGACGUCCGGAAUGAAAAUCCCUAAUCCAGAGUGCAAUUACCUCUGGCGCAGAUUUUAUGUUUUCUUUAUUAUUUAAUUUUUUCUUUGUUUUUUAAUUUUUUUUUCCUUUUUUUUUACUUACAAAAGUGAAAACAAAAGGAACCUCGAAAAGGACGUUCAUCUAUUAUUCACCGAAAAUUAUUUUCACUAUGACAAGAGAGAAGAAGUAAAAAAAAAAUUUUUAACAAGAAUUUUAAUUACACAAACGGAAGCCGAGAAGAAAGGACCAAAUUACACGAAAAGUUAACAAAAAAACAAAAAAAAAAAGCACCCAGAUGAUGCAGAUUGUUGUAAGCGCUAUUGCAGUCUUUAUUUUCAUUGGGAAUACCAACUGCUACACCCAUUGGUAUAAUGAAUCGAUUUUUACAUUUGGUGGAAUUAAACAGUAUUGUGCUAUUAAAUGUGGCGAUGAACCACAUACAUUGUGCCAAGAUGAGGAUUUUCUCGGACCUUCUUAUUCAAAAUGUUCUGAGAACUUUUAUCUUUUCGAUCUGAAGGACUCAAAUUUGAAGGACGAUGUUUUAAUGGGGCUUAAUGGUCUACGAAACCGGAUUGCUGACAAAAUGCAAGUUGCGAAUAUGAUUAUUUUGACAUGGGACGAAGAACUAAGCUCAAUGGCACAAAUAUUUUUAUCUAGAUGCAAGCCAUUUGCAAAAAAUUCCUGUACAAACUUGGGUAAACCUGAGUUCGAUGCUUCAGAGUAUGAACCACGGCACUAUCAUGUAGCUGAAUGUAUGGCAUUUCGUAAAUCAAAAUUUUUUCCAUACAAUUUUUUCCCAUCAAUAUUGCGGGAUUGGUAUUAUGAAAAGAACAUGAUGAAACGACCAAAAUUAUUCAGAUCAGAGUUUAAUGAACUCUAUGGUGUGCUGAAUGUGCACAAUAAUUUUACACGCUUGGCUAAUCCAAGGCUGUCAAGAGUUGGGUGUGGACUUGCGAGAUAUGAAGAUGGCUAUGCUCUGCUCUGCUAUUUCUUUCCUUAUUUUCAAUCUGAUGUGAGAUUCGAUCGUGGAACACCGGCUACUACUUGUCCUAACCUUUUCCCACUAAGUGUUCAUAAGCUUCAAAAUGGAAUUCAGCACGUGAGAAAUUAUUUUAUUUGCUGAAUUUAUUAUUUGAAUUGAAAAAUGAAAAAAAAAACAUAUACAUAAGCACCGGAAGAAGUGGGACUGCAGAAAUGAUGAUAUUGUGAACAAAUUAAAAAUGAAACAAUAGAAAAAAAAUUGUAUUUCCUGUUUUUCGUUUGUUGCAGUUUUGUUAUUACAAAGCUUGAUUUCAUUUUUUUUUUGUCUUGUUUUUACCAGAUGGUACCAUGUUUAGAAGGAAAAUAUUACAA